UGUUCAAUCUUAGCUGGUACAACUAGCUGAAGCUGAAUGCUGACACACUACCGUUGUAGCUGAGAGUGUUGAACAGUAACAAAUUCCCAUUUCCCUCUUCCCUUAACAAAUCUCCAUUAACAUCCUUCCUUCAAUCUCAUGUAGCUAAAACUCCCAUUUUCCUUAUACUACUAUAUCACUACCAAAUCCCACUAUUUCAUCCAUGGCCGAAGAAUCAGCAUCUCCAUCACUAUCUUCACCUAACAUCCCCACCCCCACCGCCAUUGAUGUUGCUGCCAUUGUACCUAUCAAAGCUCGUUCACCACCCACCAAACUCCCAUCUCGACCCAGGAAAAUCCGCAGAAUUUCCAGCACUGUUAUAACUUCCACCAUCGUAUCAGAAAUAGUAUUAUCGCGUUCACUUUCUUAUCCAGGUGAGCUGGAAAUCGCCAUUAAUUACCUUAAAUCCUCCGACCCAUUACUCAUUCCAUUAAUACAAACUUACCCACUUCCGAAUCUUGAAGUUUAUCAACCCCCUUUUCUCGCCUUAACAAAAAGCAUUCUGUUUCAGCAAUUAGCGUAUAAGGCUGGGUCUUCGAUUUACACUCGAUUUGUAUCUCUCUGUGGUGGGGAGGAUAAUGUUGUUGCUGAUGUGGUUUUGGGAUUAACUCCACAACAGCUUAGGCAAAUUGGGGUGUCUGCAAGAAAAGCGAGUUAUUUACAUGAUCUAGCAAGGAAGUAUGAAAAUGGGAUAUUGUCGGAUAAGUCGAUUGUUCAGAUGGAUGAUAAAUCACUUUUUACAAUGCUUACGAUGGUCAGUGGAAUUGGUUCGUGGUCUGUUCACGUGUUUAUGAUUUUUUCAUUGCAUAGGCCGGAUGUAUUGCCGAUACAUGAUCUUGGUAUUAGGAAAGGAGUGAAAAUGUUGUAUGGUCUUGAGGAGCUUCCUAGGCCAUCACAGAUGGAUCACUUGUGUGAGAAAUGGAAGCCGUAUAGGUCGGUAGCUUCGUGGUAUAUUUGGAGGUAUGUUGAGGCAAUGGGGACAAAUUCAACAGGUAAUCUAGUUGGGAAUGCUGAUGGUAGUUUACAGCAGCAGAUGUUGUCAAUGCAGCAGCAACAACAGCAACAACGUCAACCGAAUCAGCAGUUCUUGGAUCCUGUUAAUGGGAUUCUUAAUGUUGGGGCCUGUGCAUGGGGACAGUAGUUGAAGCCACAUAAUUGUCAGUUGCAGUGAAGUUUUUUUUGGGGAAGCAAAUUGCUGAAAUGUUUAGCCACAUGUACUGAGAAUUCUGGAGAAUCAAGCCAAGAACAUUGUAAAUUAACUUAGUUAAGUUCAACAACUGGUGUUGCUAACUCAUCUUUUUUUACUGAGAAGGGCCACUUUUUGAACAUUCUUGAACCAUAUUUUUUGUAGCUUCUUCCCAACAACUGCUUCUGCAACUCUUCAGAAACACUUUUCUGUUUUAGCCAACUUCU